AAACAACACCUCCGUCACAACCACAGACAUCUCUACCUCAACCGCGCCGGGUCCUCACAGGCGCGCCUCAUCGCGCUUUGCGGCUACAACUCUCCGCCCACCAUGUUCUCACCAGAGGCCACCGUCCACGCCGCUCGCAGCUCUCUGCGCAAUCCGCGUCGGCGCCAACGCAAAGACUCGGACGGCUUCCAACAGCCUCGCCGGAAGCGCAGCAAGGUCUCUGAGGAUACCUUCUUGGCUCCAGGAAGUUCCCACGUCAAUGGUAAUGGCUCGAUCAAUGGCCAUGUUAAGCAUGACGAUGCUGAAGGUUCGAUGGUGUUGGUCGAGAUGCCUGUUCGCGAGAAAAGUGCAGGGGCACAUCGCGCUCCAAGAGAGGACACAACACAUUAUCUUACCAAAAACGAAAACUACAGCGUCAGAAGGCUCCCUAGCUUUCCCAGCAACCUUGCCCAUGCGCAAGCGCACUUUCGAGUAUUUGCCCAUCCUGCGGCCGGCCUAGCGCUCGCGUUGACGUAUACACACGCACUUGCCUGGGAUUACACCGCUGUAUCUGGCCUCACCCGUGUCAUCACUUUGCCUCUACCUUUCGAGCUGAAGCCAUCCGAGCCGCUUCCGUUGGGCGCGAUAGUACGCAGUGGCCCUGCCAAUGAAUUUGGAAUUCUCGCCGUUGCGCCAUCGCGGGGAAAGAUAGUCUUUUGGGAGAACGUUGACAGCGCGGAGGUCCGGAGUCAUUUCGCGCAGCGUCCACAGGGCAUCCAAGGAGCGGUGAAAGUAUACUCUGGUGAAACCAUCACAGGCAUAGUGGAUAUUAGCCAUGCGGGUUAUGUCCUCGUUUUCAGUACUGGACGACUGGCACACUUGACUUUACGAGACUCUCAGGGUCGACCAGGUAUCACCACGAGUUUUCUCAAUGCGCCUACUAGCUCGAGUGGUAGCUUUUUCAGUUUCAAAGGCCUCCUUACAGGUGCUCUCCGGAAACCCAUCGCAUCAGUGAAGGCCCGCCCAUCCCGAUCGAAAGGACAGAUGGAAGUGAUCACGGCCACCAACAGCGCCCUGUUUCAAGUAUGGGAUCUAAGCUGGUCCGGACAACAAAUGUUCAAAGGGGAGGUCGACGUCCAUGCGGAAAUUCUUGCGGCUCUACAGACUGGAACAACACCCGAAUCACGCGGAAACGUGGAUGCACAUGUUCUGGAUUUUGCCAUUGUGGAGCAGCAGAAGGAGCCAGGGAUUGUGGCACUACUGGCACUCGUGGCGCUUCUUGGGGCCAACUUCAUUGAAUACUCGCUUCUCGAAGUGGAUCUGGCAAAUGGCGAAGGCACCGUCCGACGUGUUAUCCCCAUUCGCAACUUUCAUCAGCCCCAGCUGCCUGAAGAACCGGCAGGGAAGCUCUUACUCCCCGUUCCUGGCCAUACUGCCUUUAUCCAAUUUCCUGGAGCGAUUGUCGUGGUUUGUCUCGCUGAGCCAGAGGAAUCUCCUGAUACCCAACUUCUCUCCGAUUUCGGAAGAGCGUCGUUCCCCUUCCAGGACGCCAUCUAUCUUCGUCAGGAUCGCCAGCUGCGGAUCUGUGGCAGUGCGCCUGAGGACAUUCCGAGAAAGGAUAGGCACUCCAGUAUACUCGUGGCUAUUGUAGGCUACGGGCUGAUUCAGAUCAAUGCACUGCCCCCUGCACCUGACGACAGCGAUUUGGCGAGGCACAAGGUCACCGCCAAAAGCAAAUUGGAGCAAGCUACAUUCUUUGGCAAUAUUGCCGGCAACAUCUUGGAUUUCUCCAUCCGGUCCAGAUAUACAUUCGGGGAAGAUGAGGUUAAUGCAGCAGCUUUGGAGAUCAGUACCGCAACUCUUUCUUCAUCCUACGAUUUCAUGGACAAGGUUACUGUCUCGAUGGAGGACCAAUUGCACCAGCGUGCCGACGCGCUUCGUAGUCUCAUAACCCACCUCAACGCCGAAUACCCGCCCUUGUCAUUCGUGACUAAAUGGCAGUUGCUCUGGAACGCGGAGAAGCUUGAAGCAGCUUCUGCGGUCUGGAAACUGUACCAAGAAAAGGUUCAAGAUCAGCGCGCGCGACCAGAAGCAUAUCCCGAGUCGUUGCUAGUUCCUCACAUGGUCAAGUGCCUCCACGAACGCUUUAAGACAAAGAUUCGGCCAGAUGUAGGCGAAACGGACCCUGUGCGGCAGUUCUUUCUGAAGGAUAUCAACACCUUUGAUAUUUUCCUUCCGUGGGCCUGGCACUCUUUGCGAACCUUCUAUCUGAACACAGAGAUACGCAGGGAAAGGUCUUCGAUCGUACAACGGCUCAGCGAAGGCAAUGAUGUUUUCAUUACCAGUCUGAAUGCAGCCUUCAAUUUUCGCAUGGAGAACGCUCCGCUGUACGGCAUCAAGGCAGCGGAUCUCACUGACGCGAUUCUUCUUCCUGGCCAUGGACAGGACUUGUUACCCGAAAACUGGACAUCGAAUCAUAACAUGGCCAGCUCCAUACGUAGUAUAUGUGAUGUAAGCCGCAUCUAUGCCUACGAGUUGUUUCAAGAAGGGGUACAAGAAGAUGUCGCCAUGAAAAUUGCUAAAGACAAUCCGGCGUUGGUCAAACUUGUCUGCCGGGUCCAUCUUGAGCGUAUUCAUUGGGCACUCUCCCAGACGGACGAGAAGAUUAAAGAUAAAGGAAGACAUUUGCAGGAGGACUUCAUGCAGAAAGUCUGCCCAGACCACAUCUAUGGCCUUGCAGAGAUAGGGCAGGCGCCCGCUGGCAUGGACCUUGCUGAGGAGUACAAUCAGUUGGACACGCUUGCGCGCCUAGUCUGGGAUGAGAUCAGUUUCACCGACGAGGUGAAGAGAACCACACAGAGCAAGGUGGAGCAGGCUGAGUGCAUGGUCAAACUGAACAAGCUGAAAGAGCGGAUCCAGAAAAACUUCGAUAAGUACGGAGAUGCGUGGGCUUCGGCUUUCUACAAGAGAUAUUUUGAGGAGGCCCAGACCCAUCAAUUAUUCAACAAGGAUUUCCUCAACCAACCAUAUUUCACGAGGUUCUUGCGGAGCAGCACGAAUUUGGCAAGAAUCGGAUGGAUAAACGAGGUCAUCGGCGAGAAGGAUUUUGUACAUGCGCAUGAUGCACUGUACAACUAUGCCACCCAGCGGGAGACGAAUGUUUGGGGUCAGAAAGUCGAGCUGUCCAUUGCCAAGCUUUCCUUGCUCUGCACCCAGCAGAAGGACGCUCCCAAGCUGGAUCGAGAGGCCAACGCCAUUUAUGACGACAAAAUGAGGAAGACCACGAACCGGAUCGAAUACGUGAGGAUCCAGGAUAUGCUCUAUGAACGAUUCGAGCCCACGAUCUCGGCGUCUCUAGACAAGGAAGCUGCUGUUGAGUUGCUGAUGGCUGAAUACGGGCAGGGCGCCAUGAACGAGAGGCCGGCGCAUCAACAGCUUCUCCGUCAGGGCUUUGACAAGAUCGUCCAUCACCGGGGCUUGGAUUAUGCGUUGUUGAUCGAUGUCCUGACACUGAUGACGUACGAUGAGUCGAAGCCGCCGGUGGAGUUGACGCAGGGCAACGAGUUUGCGUUUGCACUUAGAGCCUUGGUGCUCUCGUGGCACGACAUGAACAAGAUGACGCGAAUACACAUGCUGAGGCUCAUUUGGAAGCGGCUAUGCAUCCGAGACGAUUGGGCCAAGAUUAACAACACCAAAGACACUUCGGAUGCGCAGCUACAAGAGAUCCUAGCUAACACCACGCUUGGGACGACCCUGAAGGCCCUUCAUGCCAUGAUAAGGGAGAACGCGUCUAACAGCCGCGUUGCCUGCCCAGAGGAUAUCAACGGCCUUCUUGGUGCUGGCUGCACGAACGGCGAGCUGUGCACUCGCUUUGCCUCGGAAGAUCUUCGCAGUCCGAUCAUCGUCGAUAAUCUGGCGGAUGAUGAGGUGCUGCAAGCGAAUAUCGAGAAUCACCGUUUGCGUGAGUGGUUCCCUGCUGUCGUGAAGGCGGCAGAGAGACUGUAUGAGUUAGAGCAGAGUGAGGGGGUGGAUGGUGAGCAGGAAGGUGUCGGCGAGAAUCAGGCACAAGUCGAUGGUCCUGUUGGAGGCGACGAUAUCGAGGGGGAAGCGGCCGAAGCUGAUACUAUGGCUCCUGAGGCCGUCAAGACGGUCGCGGGUGGGAACGGUAUUAUGCGCAGCACGAUGGACAUUGACAUGGCAGAAGGGUAAUUUAGCACAUGGGUGGGAUUUUCAUGGAAAAGGGUUCGAGCAUUGAGCAUUGGGACGGCGUUCAGCAACCCGCCUCUCCUUUUCUUCUUAUUUCGUUUCUCCGGGUUCAACAGGAAGCGUGGAUGGAUACUGCAGGCGUCCUCAUGAGGGCUACAACGAGUACUUGUAUUUCUCUUUGUCGAGUCUACAGUCAUAUAUGAAUUUUUGCGUGAUGGAAAACAUCGAAAAUUUACGUAUUUCUCGAUGAGGAAGUC